UUUGGUCAUUUUUCCGUUUUUGUUCGUCCUUUUGGUUUCCCAGUAAAUUUCCCGGGGGGCAAUUUGCACGACCAUCUUUUUUUCUCUUCGGAGAAAACUCGGGCGUGGACUUGGGAUUCCGCGGAUUCGGUGUCUCUCUCUGUAUCCGCGGAAGCCAAAAUCCCAUCCAAACCUUCGGACAAUCCGAUUCCGGCGUCUCUCAACAAAUCCCGGAACUACAUAAUCCCGUCGAUUCUACAUUUCCAGCACGUUUCGUUUAUUGGCGGGGAGCUUCUAGUGUUGUACAUACAAAAUUUGAAUGGGAACUCCGGAAUUUCCAGAUCUGGGUAGGCAUUGCUACGUCGCCGAGUGCCAGCAGAUCGAUUUCUUGCCCUUCACCUGCGAUAGCUGCCAUCAGGUAUUUUGUUUGGAGCAUAGAAGCUACAUUAAGCAUAAUUGUCCGAAAGGUGACCGAAAAAAUGUCACUGUUGUCAUCUGUCCCCUCUGUGCCAAAGGAGUUCAUCUGAUUCCCGAUGAAGAUCCAAACAUUACUUGGGAGAGACAUGUUAACACUGAUUGCGACCCUUCUAAUUAUGAGAAAGCCACAAAGAAGAAAAAAUGCCCUGUCCCUGGCUGCAAGGAGAUCUUAACAUUCUCCAACACAAUCAAGUGCAGGGAUUGCACGGUAGACCACUGUUUGAGGCACCGAUUUGGACUUGAUCACAAGUGUCCUGGACCCAGGAAACCAGAAGCAGGAUUUCCCUUUUUGGGUUAUUUAAGUAGGAGUAGGAAAGAAGUGUCAAAACCGAAUCAUGCUCCUGCUGCAUCCUCCCCGAAUUGGAGUAGCUUUCUUACUGCAGCUUCAUCUUUUCGAGCCUCAGCUGAAGCAAGUGUGGCAAAACUGAGUAGCGAACUUAGCCAAAAGUGGCAGAUAGCAAAGGAUGGAACAGGGCAGAGUAGCAGCAGCAGCGGGAGUAGAAACGGGCAGGGUGAGGUGUGUCCUCAGUGUGGUGCUAAGUUUUCCUCAGUCACCACUCUAGUAGACCACGUAGAAAAAGUCCAUGAGAAGGGUGGCAACCGAGCUGCUGCGGUGAAGAAGGUGACAAUUGAUGCCUGCCCUAAAUGUAGUAAAGGAUUUCGUGAUCCAGUAGCACUUGUAGAGCACGUUGAGAGAGAUCACGGCGGUACUUCAAGAGCAUAGGUAUCGUUUUUGGAGAAAGUAUUUGUUACUUAUAUUUUCUUUUGGGUAUACAUUUCACGGUUCACAUUGACAAAUCGCAAGUGUAUAUAUCUCUUAAGCAUUCAGUCGACCUACUUGUGUUUUAAGCUGUAAAAUUGUAUACAAAAUUGUUCAAUUAUGUUUUCGGGAUAGUGAUUUC